CUACACCGGGCCCGACACUAGACCAUACAACCUAUACACACACCCCCAAUUUGCACUUGAAGCAUGGCCCAUCGCCCCUCGAUCUCAUACUAAGUCUCCCGCCUUCCAACACAGUUGCAUCAAUGGUGUACGCCCCUCAAAGACGCCAUGCUAUGGCAUCCCUCACAUCCAUCGCCCAAAUCCUCGCCUACCUCCAAUACCUCCACUCCCCCUCUCUCCUCAUCCUCAUCGCCCGUCUCCUCACACACGUCCAAAUCCAAGUCAUCUCCCUCAUCCCACCCUCCCGUUCCCUCCAAAACCUCGCCCUCAUGCUUACCCUCGUCAACAUCGUCGCCGGGAUCCUCCACUGGCUGGACAGCGCGCACGGCGGAGGCGGGGGCGGUGGGAUGGUCCUCGAUUUUGUCGGUACGAGACCCCUCGGGCUGGCAUGCGUCUGGAUCCUGGACGUCCUGAUUUGGGGAAUCCAUCUCUUGGCAUUGGUACUAUCGUAUAUCAACUCUAUAGGAGGGACACAUGAUUAUAAGCGAUCCACCAAGUUUCCUUAUCCCGAUAUCCUCCUCCCACCGCCUCCUCCGGCUGCCCCCCAAUCGACUCCUCAAACGACACCACCAUUCCCCUUUUCAUUCCCAUUCCCAUUCCCAUUCCCAUGGUCUUCCACAUCUUCCAAGUACGGGGUUAUAUUCCAGGAAGAUGAAGAUGAACAAGCAGGGGACGACUUGGAAUCAGGAGAACACCAUGGUGGACCAAGUCCCGCCUGGGGUACAUCCACCCCCACCUCCACCUCUGACCCCGACCCCUUCCCCUUCCCCCUCCCCCCACCCCCAUCACCGCCUUCACCCCACUGGACAAACCCACCUACCAUCUUCUCCCUCUCCCUCUCCCAUCUAUGGACCGUCAUCCGGUAUUUACCCGCACCAAGCCCCGCGAGGGUGGUGGAAGGUGGCACACCGGCCGUCACACCGGCUGCAACACCGGCCGUUACGCCAAGAAACGAGCGGAGGGGGUUGGCUGGGAUGAAUCGGUUGGGCGGGGCGGCCGCCGUGGGUGGGAUAAGCAUAGGCGCGGAAAGUCAAAGCGAAAGAGCACGAGAAAGGGAAGGAGCAGAUGGAGAAGGACGGAUACCGGGGAGUUACUGGGUUAAUAGAGAUUGGUAAAAUCACUUGCAUUGUUCUGUGAAUGGAUCCUCAAAUGGAUUAUUCUAUGGAUACGUAUAUAUUUUAUCACAGCCUCGCUUCAUGGCAAAAAGGGGGAGAAGGAAAAAGGAACGAAUGCUUUGAAUCUCGAACCUCGAGUCUCCAAAACUGCCUCACGCAUUGUCAGAACCGUUAUCCUCUCUCAUUCUGUUCGGAUCCCCCUCUCUCUGCAUUCAAUGUCUUUGAAAGAUGAGGAAAGAUAAAAUGUGCAAUCUUCAGCGACUUUUGCAACUCCACGAGCGUUCUUGAUCAGUUAGUCCAUUCCUCCUUGUUUUUAAGUAAAGAUGGCAAAGGCUUAACUAAAUGCUCGUCUCUGGAUCAGUAAGCGUUAUUACUAUUGCUUGGGAAAAGCCAAUUUACGAGAGCAGAGGAUGUGUUGGGAUCUAGAAUUAUAACGUAUAUAUGUCAGCAAACCACUGAUAGACCGGAAAAAGAAAAGCCUGCUUUUGUUAUAACCAUGAAGUGGCGAAAUAGAAGAAGUAGAAAAGCUGGAUUGGGAGUCAUAUUCCGAUGUUCUAGCCAAGGUGCUAUCGGAUAUGUUGUCCACGAUCAGACCAUCAUUUCCCAGAUCUUUAUCCUCCUGAUCCUCGCAAUCUUCGACACGUACUUCCCCAUUACUAAGGCGGAUGCGUAGCCUAAUCUCGCGAUCGUCGAUAGGAAACCCCGGGGGGAGGUGGUACAUUUUCCGAACAGGAGGUACCGGUUCUCCCGUCUCUUUGGAGAUAGGCCGAGCUUUCCAAAAUAUC